GUAUUCAUCUCGACCUAAAGUCUGAUCUUCUAUACCAGGCCAAUUGUACAGCACAGGAUUAUCAGGGUCAUCUCAGAGCUUUACAGCAAUCAUAAGAUUCGACAAGCGGCGGGACGACUAUUCUGCAUUCUCGAUUGUUGACACGUCUUGACCGAUUUGAACAACAUGCGGUGUACUCAUAAGACCUAAUUCGCACACAAAUCUUCCUCAGUAGCUGCGCAAAUACUGAGUGAAUAAGAGACACUAUGGUAGAUUUGUAUACCUGCAAGUCUUGCUUCUAGCGUCCGCCCUUCUUCACUGAUUCGAUCGCCUCUUGAACGGAGCACUGCGCCUUCUCAGAAUGCCCACGACCAAUAUGUCGCUCUGGAGGGCUGGCAAGAUCGAAAAGGCACUAGCCCCGAUAGGAACUGGGAUGAAAUAACAUGACUUCAAAUAGGAAACACAGUCCGUUGAACGAGACGUCUCAAGUGACUACGGGCGAAGACACGUCCAUCCGAACAUUUGAUUCGAGUUUAAGAGGAGCUAACAUUCUGUCAUCGACAGACAAAAUGGAUGGAAGCAGUUGGAGGCCGAACAACGCGUGUUGUCCGCCGAGGAACGAGGUCGACACGAGGUGUCAAUCGAGGCAGCUGAACUACGUUAGCCGCCAACAGAUGCCCCGAAGACGCAUUUUACUCGUGUACCUAAAGCAUGCACGGAGUCCGCAGUUUUCGCGGCAACGCGAUCUGCUGAUGAUGGCAAUGGCGAGGUGGCGAAGGCAGGGGAGAAGAAGAAGACCACCAAAUCCCGACAUGGAACUAGUGAAAAGACGAGCGGGACGAAGGAGCAGCGACUGGAGUAGCGAUUCGAGAUACAUCAAGAGAAUAAAUCAUGACCGAGCAGCGAGGUAUCAAUGGGCCUAUCCGAAAGAACGGAUGUCAUUUCCUGAGGAUCGCAGGUUCUCGUUCUCCCUUGCAAUGGGCGGCGGAGACCGCCACGGGUCCAGGGAUUGGCUGGGGACUUUUUCCGCGCUCUUGUCACGACGAACAGCGUUUCCCGGUCUACAAACAUGUUAAGACCCAAAACGUAUCUAUUUCUCCUCCACAAUGGAUGGGCCUCCCUUGAAGAUUCGUUCUGAUUCCUGUGCUGAUGGCUCGAGACCCGCCAGAUUUCAUUAGCCUGCGAAAUUUGUGUACGCUGAGCAUCC